CUUCCGACAUUUAAUUAUAUGAUUAAAGGUUGAUUAUGAUUAAAAGUUGAACGUUCGACGCUCCGUGUCUGUCUCAGUGUUACUUUCGUCGUCUUCGCUGUUGUCAUGUGCCAACCGGCCCCGGGCGUUCGUCCCUUACUUAGAGAGUCGUCAGCUGUUACAGGUCAAUGGCAACUGUUUGCUAUCACUAACCAAUGCAAUAUAAACUGCAGGAGUACAUAGCCCAGACAACGCCCAGUGACCGACAAUGCCAUUAUUACCGAGUAAACAGCACACAACAGAAACGCAAUCAGCUAACUCAGUUAGAAGAGGUAGAGAACGAUGCACCUAUGCCCGGCGUUUGUGUCUACUACCAUGAGUGAGGUAGAUGUUCUUGCGCGUGGUAUACCCUGGCACACUGAAUCUGACACAGAAUCAUGACAGAUGCCGGGCAAACGACCGAAAGCGCUGCGACAAGCGUUCCGCAAAACGAAGCCAAUCUUCCAAGUCCAUCAGUUGUACAACGUAGGUGUCUACGACCACAGUACUGUGUCUACACUGCAGCAGUCACUGUAGUCUUAACGCUCUGUAGCCUGGGAAUCUACCUCGCUUCUCGGUCCAAGCUGUCAUCAGCUAUGUGCAGGACCCGCCCUUGCAGCCAUUUCUCCAAGAUACUCAACAAAACUAUAAAUUACUCUAUGAACCCCUGUACUGACUUCUACAAGUACGUGUGCGCGGGGUGGAAGACGAGUCCUAUUGCACCCGCCAGAUCCGUGUUUGAAAACUACGAAAACAGCAUAGCGAAGAUUAUUCUCGAGAGAGUUCUUCGGGAACGCGUUCCACUCAAACGUCAAACCGCGUUCCAGAAAGCUGCCAGACUCAUCCAGACCUGCGUGGACGUGAAGCGGAACGCACACCUCUCGGCUGAGACACUGAGACAACUGAUGGCAAGCGUUGGUUUUCAAUGGCCAUUGCCUUCCGAAACAGAUGCCAUCGAACUAUUCGUGGAGGUGUCCCUCAACUGGGGUCUUCAGAUAUGGGGCUCGCUAACCGUGGACAGGAUCGUUCGCGACGACAACGGAAGGCCCCUUGUGACUUUCUCAAAUAGUUUGCAUUAUUUCAACUGGCUGCGCAGGAAGCAAGAAAUGAAAAACACUGGGACAUACUUUGCGUACGUCAAGCAGCAUGUAAUGCGGUUCUGGACUGGUCCAGUCCAAGCAGUACAGUCUAUUGUCCAAAAGGUUUUGGUGGCAGAUGCAUGUAUAACGAAUACAGUUAUUGCACCGUUUUCAUCCAUCUCCACAGCAGGUGGUUUAUACACCUUCUCGAAUAUUGAAGGUGGUCUGGCGCUAAUGACCGCGUUAAACAAAAACGCAUCCUGGAUAGGCACUGCAUAUGACGUGAAUGACACCGUAAAAGUGCUCAACCCGGGGUUGUUUGCGUCUAUUUUCAAUCACCCACGUGACACUCUUUUUUUCCGACGACAACUGUCCCCCUAAUGCGUCUAUGAAUGAUAUGUUAAUGAUAGACCUGGGAUACAGUGUUAUUCAACAGUUGGGACGCUUUGUUUCGAGAGACUUGGCGGAAACGCAACGUACUGCCUUUUAUCCGGAUGUGUACGAUCACGAGGUAGAGUGCUUUCGCUUCGUAACUAGAGACAUGAGCCUUGCUCUCGUUGUCCCAUACGUCAAGGCAAAUGUCGAAACAACGGACGAAGAAAAUAUUGCUAACAUGGUAUACCGCAUCCGGGUGUUUCUGACACGCACGUUGACCGCAAGUCGUACUUUAGACACGGUUUCGAAGUUGCGCGUAACUCAUUUCCUAGGCAGUGUCCAUGACAUUAUCAUCUUGCCCAAACACCUUCGCUCAGAUCAGCAGAUGGACAAACUAUUCAGUAAAGUGCCAGACAUCGAGGAUCCGAUCUUUUUGAAAAACUGGAUCAUGACCCUUCGACCACUGCGUGAUAUAUAUCUCAGCAGCUUCGCGGCAGACUCCAUCUACUACCCAGCGUUAGAUAGUACACCGAGGUAUUCCGCUUCAAGUCAAUCUCUUCUCAUUCCAGCGGGCGCUAUAGGAUUUCCCUACUACUCCUCAGAACUUAUUUCCGCGAUCAACUACGGUGGACUCGGCUACAGUACUGCGAAGGAGCUCGUGGCUGCAUUGUUGUCCAAUCCGGAAAAAAGCUGGCUAAGUGGAACACUGUCGAAGACGUACACAAGCCGAGCGAAAUGUCUUGGAACAGACAUUGCAUCGUACCAAGGGAGGUCACUUGGGAGCACUCUUGUGAGCUUCUGGGACCUCGCAGUGGGAUCUUGGUCGCUUCAUUCGCUUUAUGAGGCCUACAAGAAUGACAUCACUGAUCAUCCAAGUCGACUUGCAGACGCUCCGCAGUUUUCUGCUGAUCAGUUGUUCUUUAUCAGUGUUUGUUACAGCAUGUGCACGACUGCGAACACGCUGAAUGCAGCUCUGUUGUGUGAUGUGCCCUUGAGGCAAAUGCGUGAAUUCUCGGAAACGUUUCGCUGCCCUUGGAAUUCAUUCAUGAUUGCAACUGACACGUGCGAAACGUGGUAGAUGCUGCAGUUAUUCUCAGCGCAAGCGUUAUUUACAGUCUUCAAAACCACAGGGCCGACUGACGCUCGCCAUCGGGAAGCUCACUACACUGACUAUAUUGGGAGAAGGGUACGCAACAUGGUGAUGUGGGCACAGCACGUCAGACGUGUGUGCCCAUCAUUGCCUG